AUGUAUGAUGAUGAUUAUGACCAAAGGCACUCCAAAUAUUUGAGCUACAUUCCAUCCUCCAUGAAUGAGUCGCUUUCUGUUUUACCCUACACUCGAGAGAAUCUCCAAACCCCCUCAGAUCCAGAUAACCUUCAACAGUCACUGCCCAUCAGGACCAGUUCAAUAGACAGGGCUGGCGAAAAUGGCCACAAUCGCCAGCCCAUGGCGGAGAAAGGCUCGACCGAGCCAAUGAAUGGUGGACAACUUUCGUCGAUGCUGACGCGCUCCCCUUCAUCGAAGACCUCGAAAUCUAUCCCGCUCGAUGACAUAGACUAUGAAUCCAAUCCUGCUGCUGUGGCCCAGGAGCUUAACAAUCUUGCGGCACUAAGGAGGAUGUCAUUGGAUGUGGGAGCUGCUGAUCCAGACUUCCCUUCUUUCGGCGCUAAUUUCGGAGUGCCCCCGAUUCCGCCCUCCGCCCCGUCCGACAGCAAUGAUGCGUCGCAGUUAUUUUGGGUCCCUGCGCGCCUGCACCCUGGCUUAGCACCCAAGGAAUUUAAAAGCUUCCUCGAUGGCAAAGCAGAGCAGUUAAAACGAAGGUCUGGCGAGCUUUCCAUGACUGACUCAGGGCUACAAAUACAAGGCUCGACUGGGGGGCUACGAAGGAGGAAAUCCAUGUUAUCAAGACAGAUCGACACGUCAGGUUCCGGAAGUCAAAAUGAAGAGGGUGGGCUGGAUGCAGUAUCAGAAGAGCCUUCCACUGUACAAGGGAAUGGUAACGAUUUAAUGCUGGACGACAAACCCAUUCUGCCACCCGCACCGCCAGGUCACAGCUUACGAAGAUCGACGCGAACAACUUAUCGCAGAGGGAGUUUAAAGACAGGGGAGCGGAUCCCGUAUUCGAGACGGGCACCGCGGAACUCCAAUUCGGACGCUGAAGCCAUGCCCCAACGGUCACCACCUUCGUGUGAAGAUGACCUACCAAUUCUCAGGCUAACCAGGGUUUCAACUGACCCAGUGCAUGGACCUGGGGCAUCGGGUUAUUCACGGCCAGUUACCCGCACACAACCGGACACCUCUAGCACUGCCACUCACGGCUUCAGCGCGUUUGACUCGCUAAGAGAUGCUGCUUCAGAUCAUUCAAGCUCCGGCACCAGAUCGCUCUCCUCCUCGCAAUCACAGACUUGGUCAUCUCAGGUUGACCACAGUGGUCAACGAAUUUCAGAGACACCCACUGCAGGCCAGAAUGUACCUCAAAUUAUUGAAACUCAUCCGACCGACUCGAAAGAGUCGGCACCUACAUCGCCGCUCACCUCGACACAAAGUCAUAUUCCCGCUCGCAAAUCCUCGCACGAUCCACCUCCUUCACAACCUCCGCAGACACCGUUACUUCCAGAGCCAACAGGAAGUAGGAGCUCCAAACGGGCCGCAUUAAUCAAACAGCCCCGAGAAAGCUCUCAAACCGUAAAUGAAAUCGCCUCCCAUCAAACAGCACUGUCUGGAAAUACCACAAAAACGGAUACGCUAUCCUUCAUCCCAACACUAACGGAUCACUCCAAUAAAAGGUCAGACUCGAAGAAGUCUAAAGAUAAAAAGGAUGGAGAGGGCAGCCGAAAAUCAAGUUGGACAUGGCUUCGCGGCUCUGAGGAGAAGGAUAAGGAGAAGAAAAAGGAGGAAGAGUCUAAGAAAUCCAAAAGCAGAUUACCCAAAAUAACCGAAAAAGCACACGACAAUACUCGCCUAGAUGUUCUGCAAACUUCCAUUGACGGAGCACAGAAAGGCCGGGAAAGUGUUAUUAUCGACCGUGCAGAAAUUAAGCUUGAAGAAGAACGCCGUAAGGACCACGCAAAGAAAUCUUUGGGCAUUGAACAGAAGAAGGAGAAGGAAACAAGCCUAUUCUCAUCCUUUUUUGGGGGCAAGAAAAAGGGGCAUCAUGAUAGCGGUCACAGAAAGCAUUCGGGAAGGAAUUAUUCACCAGAGACACUGCCUCGUGAGCUGAAGCCAGAUAUCGACUACCACUGGACCAGGUUUCCUAUCGCUAAAGAAAGAGAAAUCUACCGUGACGCUCAUUGGAAGCUUGCAAAUCCGAAGCGCCCACUACAUUCUCAAGUUCUCUUGAGCAAUUUCAUGUAUUCAUAUCUCGCCAAAGUACAGCAGAUGCACCCUACCUUAAGUCUGGGGCCCUCUGCUUUGCAAACCCAGCAGCGUAAAUUGGAACCGACCCAGUCUGAGGACCAUUCGCAAUAUCAGAGAUAUCAACAGGGCCGCGAACAUGACCGCUACAACAAAGGCAAUUACUAUAACGAUUCCCAAUUGUAUGACUAUGAUGGCGAUGACCGAGAUGACCACCAAUGGUCACUGUCUGGGGGACAUUGCCACUCCCAAAAUGGCUCUAUUUACGGACCAGGUCACCAACCACCGCAGUACGCGUCGCAUUCCUCGUUUGGUGAUGAUCCACAACUUGACGACGACGACGAUAUGUGGUAA